UUAACCUUAAAAUCCCUGACAUGACGUUUAUUAUCAUCGUUUUUCGAAAAAUCGCUGUUUACAAGCGAUUUCUUACAGCCUAUCACGUGUUUACCGAUUGAAAUGUAUACAUACUUAUCUAGACUUCUAUAAAAGAAGGUAUUAUACGCUCGGUGCAUCGUUAAAACUUAUGGAUACGACAGCUAUUGGGUGGGCUGUGCUUAUUUUCGUUUUAUUUCUUAGUACAUUUGGGCUGUGUACUUGUUUAACUUUGAUUAUCGGUUUAAUUUUCUUUUUAAUUGGUUUAUUAUCGUUACUUUAUAUUCAAGAAGGAGAUGUUGAUAAAUUUUAUAGGAAUUGUAUUGGAAAUCCUUUAUCUAAUGAAAAUAAUAUAGAAGGAGGUUUAUCAAAAGUUGCUAAACAACUUUUAACACCUAAAGAAAUUCAAAAAGCAGAUAAUCGUGUUACGGGAAGUGAUGUUAUUGAUAGUUCCUUACAAGAGAUAUUGGGUUACAUUAUUAGGGAUCAUAUUACCCCUUGGUAUGGGUUAAUUUCUACAGAUAGCGAAUUUUCUGAAAGAUCUGUAAGGAAAACUGCACAAACUCUCGCUAUAAACAUUUCAAACAGGGUAAAAGAAGUAGAUUGGAUACCGUUUUUAACAACUCGCUUGGUAGAUGAUGCUGCUAGUCAUUUAAGACUUUUCAAACAAGCUAGGGUGAAAUUAAAACAAGAUGAAAUACCAAAAUCACCUAGAAAUUCUCCUAGGAGGGAAGUUAGGACUCCUAAAAAGACUCAUAAAAGAAAUAAAAGUGAAACUGAUGCAAAUUGGCAUUAUGUCAAUAAAAAUUCUCUUGAUUGUAAAGAAGUAGAACAGGCGCAUGGAAACAAUAAGUUUUAUACAAAGGACCAAACUAGAAAAAAUUGUAGUUUGGAGGAUUAUUUUUUUGAGCUUGAAUUUACUAUGGAGAAGAAUUUGGUGUGUAGAGAUUCUAUUUCCAUUAAUAUUGAUAAAGAGAAAGAAUUCUUGUGUGAACUCAUGGAAAUUUUACUUUAUAUUCUUUUACCAGAUGAUGAUUUUCAAUGUAAACCAAUUCGUUUUAUAAUAAGGGAGAUCUUUGCUAAUUGUGUUGUUUAUCCAGUUUUUACAAUGAUUUCAGAUCCUGAUUAUAUUAAUCAGGCUAUAGUUUGGCUGUGUUUAAGAGAUACUUCAUUACCAAGCGAUAUGUUUUUAACAACUCUAAGAAUAACAGACAAUUGUGAUGAAUUAAAAUACGCAAGGGAAAUUGUACAAAAAGAAAUACAAAUUUUGCGUUCGCGCGAUUCUGGUGGUGACAGCGAUUUAUCCAUAAAACAACAAUUAAGCAGCUUAUAUUACGUAACAAAAUUAAUUGAUAAUCGUCUCUCAAAAUUAGCUAACAAUCAGGAUACAUCCCAAGAUCUCCCGUUACCUUUAGAAAAUAUAAAAACUAUCGAUUUACCAUUACAUUUUAUCUUGGCAAAUAGCGUCGCUUUAUCAUAUUUUAUAGAUUUCGUUUCUCUGCAAGAUAAACACCUUUUAUUAUUCUUUUAUUUAAAUAUUGAAGGCUGGAAAAUCUCGGUUGAGCAACAAUUAAGUAACGUUCAUAUAAAUAAAAUAAAAGGGGUCAAUGAUAAUUCAAAUGCGAUUUUCGAAACGAUUCGUGCCACGGCUUUGAGUCUUUAUGAUCAAUAUUUAGGCGAUCGGAAAGAACAAAAACUUGAUAUUAAUGCGGGAUUAGUGCAUAAAUUAUAUUUUAAAAUAAAAAAUGUUUCCGAAGAACCAACCGAGUUAUGGUUCGAUGAUAUUCAAACUCAAAUUUACGAAAAAUUAAAAACCGAAGAUGAUUAUUUACCUUCGUUUAAAAAAAGUCGAUCUUAUAUUAAGCUUUUAGAAGAAUUGGAAUUGCUACAACAACCCGCCGAAGAAGAUUCGGUAAGUUUGAAUAGUCUUGAAGGUUUAGAAGAUGAAAAAAUAAAUCAAGAACAAGAAAGAAAACAGACAAAGUUAAAUAACAGCGGAGAUGUUCUUUUGGUACAACCUGAAAAAAGUAUGAAACACGUACGAUCAUUAAGUGAUGUUUCCGAUUUUGCAUUAAGAAAUGAUCGAUUUGAAAAUACUCCAACCCCAGAAGUAUCGUUAAAAAAAAAUUUGGAGGAUGACUCAAUGGUUCAAAGUGUCGAGGAGAAAAGUAAAGAUUUACGAAUCGGCGAUUUUGUGCUUAACGUUAAUAUUAUCGAAACUGGAAUUGUUUGUGAAAAGGGAAAAACAUUUGGUAUUUAUGCCGUACAUGUCAGUAGGCAGUACACAAAUGGUUUUUUGGAUGAAUGGCAUAUUUAUAGGAGAUAUAGUGAUUUUCAUGAUUUAUGUACAAAAGUUAAAGACAAGUUUCCUGAUUUAUCAAAAAUUCCAUUCCCAGGCAAAAAGACAUUCCAUAAUAUGGACCGUGCUGUAUUAGAACGUCGCAUGCAAAUGUUAGGAUAUUAUAUGAAAAGUUUGUGUCAAGAAUACACCGUAAAAUCGCAUCAUGGUCUUAGAGAAUUACUUAUGACAUUUUUGGAACAAGGAGAAUAUGACAGACAAGCAUCUGGUGGUCCUAUUUCACAUACAAUUGAUUCAAUCGUAAAUCCAUUAAAAUCCGGAAUGAAAUCAAUAAAAAAUAUGCCGGAACAAAUUUUUAAUACCAUGGAUGAAGUUGUGGAUAGUUUAAAUAAAGUUUUCCAUACUAAACAAGGAAUUAAGAUGCAAGAAACUAGCAAAGUUUCGUCAUCUUUGGAUACAGAAAGCGAUGAUAAUAUACCGUUAAGGAUAAUGUUGUUAUUAAUGGAUGAAGUAUUUGAUUUAAAAUCGAGAAAUCAGUGGUUAAGAAGAAGAAUAGUCACGUUACUUCGACAAAUAGUCAGAACAAUGUUUGGUGAUAUAGUCAAUAGACGUAUUUUAGAUUAUGUUUCUUUAAUAACUAGUCCUAAAAAUGUAGCUCAUUAUUUACACGUUUUCAAACAUUCUUUUUGGCCUAACGGAAUGAAAGCGGAAAAGAAACCAGAUAGAGAUGAAAGUGUUAAAUAUCGUACAAGAAUUGCAGCGAAAUCGGCUUUGUUAUCAUGUUUGUCAGAUGAAUUAAAACAUAUAAUUGGUUCUGAAACAACAAGAAAGGGCCUAUUAACAAUAUUCGAAUUGUUUCAAAAACCAAUUUUAAAUCGAAGGUUGCUUUAUGUUUUAUUGGAGGAUAUAAUAUGUACGUUAUUUCCGGAAAAAGAUAUCGCAGCUAUUUUUCAAAAACUUUACUCGCAAUCGAAACGGUACCAAGAGAAACAGAAAGACCUAAAUACUCAAAAAAAUAGGUGAUAAUAUUUAUUUUUUUUUCUACAUACGUAUUUUUAGUGCCAUUAUUAUUAUUAUUAGUUAAUUGAUCGAAUAAUUAUUUCAUACGUUAUAUCAUUUAUUAUUACGUUUUGUUUCGUCUAUUUAUUACAGAACAUUUAUUUUUCGAAAUAUCUAUUUUUUCUAUGUACUUGGUAAAUUUUAUUCGUUCCAAUUAGUUGU